AUGCCCGACUUCACUGACAACCUGAGCCCGAGCAAGCCCGACGGCCCGGAGCUCCUGGCACAAGAGCGCGCACAGUCAAACAUCCCAGUUAACGAACUCGCAAACCACCUACUAGGCAAGGAUGGAUUUCUCGCCCGACAGUCAAAGGUUUUAUCGAUAGUGCAAAACGAGCCUUUGCUAAACAAGUCUCACCAGCAGAACCUCUCUCGACCAGAUCGGUUCAAGCUUGCCCUUGCGCGGGGGAAACUUCUCCGCCGUCUCGCUGAUAAACAUCAGUGGACACAGGAAGAACAUGAAACGGCCGAGUAUUUGGUCGAUGAUGUCUCGCCGUAUAUGCUGCACAUGGGGAUGUUCAUCACCACGAUCCGCGAGCAGGCAAAUGACGAACAGCGCGCGUACUGGCUGCCAAAGAUAGAAGGCUGGAGGAUCACCGGUGCCUAUGCGCAGACAGAGCUUGGGCAUGGUAGUAAUGUCCGUGGGCUGGAAUUGCAAGCUCGAUAUGAUCCACGGACGAAGGAGUUUGUCCUGCAUAGUCCCACUCUGACGGCAAGUAAAUGGUGGAAUGGCACGUUGGGCCGGACUGCGAAUCAUGCUAUUGUUGUUGCACAGCUUCUUCUCCCGGAUCCAAGCGGUGCUGAGGGCUCAGAUGGAACGAAGUAUGUGUCUUAUGGUCCUCAUCCGUUUAUCGUCCAAGUGAGAGACUUGAAGACGCAUCUGCCGUUCGACGGGAUUGUGAUUGGGGAUAUUGGACCGAAGUAUGGAUAUGCAACGAUGGAUAACGCAUAUAUGCUUUUUGACAACUACCGAAUCCCCCAUUCUGCAAUGCUAUCUCGCUACUCUAAGGUCGAUCCAGAAACCGGGAGAUACACAAAACCAGAAGAAGCCGCCGUCGUAUAUGGAACGCUCACAUACAUGCGCUCUAAAAUAAUCCAGCACGCCAGACUCGUUCUCGCGCGCGCCGUGACAGUCGCAGUGCGAUAUACCAGCGUCCGACGACAAUUCCCAGACCGCGAUGGUGCGUCGAACAGCGUCGAACUCCCAGUACUUGACUAUCCAACCGUGCAGAUCCGCAUAUUGCCUCUCCUCGCAACAUCAUUUGCGCUUCACUAUACGGCGCUGGCCAUGCAGGAUAUCUACAGCAAGACCCGCAAACAGAUUGAGUCUGGUGAUUUUAGCAGCCUUGCAUAUAUGCAUAGCAUGUCCUCGGGCCUGAAGAGCCUGUGUACAACGCUGGCGGCAGAUGGGAUCGAGACUUGCCGGAGGGCACUGGGAGGGCAUGGCUAUGGUGGCGGAAGUGGGCUUAUCCAGUUGAAUAAUGACUAUUUGUCGAAGCCCACAGUGGAAGGAGAUAACUGGAUGAUUACGCAGCAGACAGCAGCGUAUAUGAUCAAGAAGAUUGCGGCUGCUGUUGGCUCUCGUGGCGCUGCUACUGAUGAAAUUGAUGUUCAAUUCGGGACAUAUCUGCCUCUUGUGCAAAGUAGUGGGAACGGGGAUUGUAAGUACGAUAUACUGGGAAAUGAUCAAGACUUGGUCAAAGCCUUUCAGCACCGGGCCACCGCACUCGCCUACAAUGUAUACCAAGAACGCGUGAUAAAGAAACGAGCAUGGACUUCCCUAAUGACCCAUUUCCACAAACUCAGCAAAGCACAAUCCCAAUCAAUCCUCGUAACGCAAUUUUACGAGGCCCUCGCCACAAACAAAGACCUGCCAAGGCCUGCACUGGCAGUUUUAUGGGAUCUAUACCGGCUCUUCGCCUUGUUCACUCUUGAGGCAGACCGAUAUGAGUUUUUCACUUGCAAUGCCGCGUCAAGAUCUCAGCUAGACGAGAUCCCCAACAACAUCAAUGAACUAAUGGCGCGUAUCCGACCUCACGCAGUUCGACUGGUCGAUUCAUGGAGUAUUCCAGAUUACCUCUUGGAUAGUGCUCUUGGACGAUCUGAUGGGCGGGUCUAUGAAGAUCUAUUCAACAGGGCGCAUAGACUGAAUCCGCUGAACAAGUUCACUGUGAAUCCGAAUUACUGGGAGGAUGAGAUUGUUAAGGGCGGGGAUGACUUGAAGAGUAUAACUUCUAAGCUCUAG